AUGGCGCGGAACAGCGAAAAGGCGCAGUCGAUGCUGUUUCGAUUCCGGGCCCAGCAAGCCGCGGAUCUGGGCAUCAUCGACAUUGGCCGCACUCGACGGCCCAAGGCCAUCACCUCGGUGACGACGAUCCCACUGUGUGAGAAAUGGCGGGGCCAGGUGCUGAAGGAGAUCUCGCGCAAGGUGUCGCGGAUCCAAGACCCAAGCCUGAGCGACUACCAGAUCCGCGAUCUGAACGACGAGAUCAACAAGCUCAUGCGUGAGAAAUGGACGUGGGAGAUGCAGAUCCGAAACCUCGGCGGGCCGAACUACAUGCGUGGUUCGGGACGGGUGUACGACGACGAAGGCCGGGAGAUCCCCGGCGGGGGUAAAGGGUACCGCUAUUUCGGCCGGGCACGGGAACUGCCUGGGGUGAAGGAGAUGUUUGAGGCGGCGGCGAGACGGACGAAGCGGCCGGGAGAAGAGGCGGACGAAGAAGGCCGGGUCGGCCGCGGCGGCGACAUUGCGACGAAGAAAGUCGACGCCGCGUAUUUCGGCUACGGGCUGGACGAGGAGGAUGGGACGUUGCUUGCAUACGAGAAGCAGAAGGAGAAAGAGGCCUUGGAACAUCUGCGUGGUAAAGCGGAUGAGGAUGCUGAGGAUGGAUGGGAGCCGUUGCCUGGCGAUGCCGGCGACGGGGUGGAAUGGAGGCUUCCCACUUUAGACGAGGUACAAGAGGAGCUCGUUGAUCGCAGGAGACGCCGUCUCCUGGACAAGAUUUCCUAG